UCUUCUCUUUUACUAACGACGAUGCCAGGCAACAUAAACGUAAACGAGGUUUCUGGUAAAAGCUUCGAUUUUAUUGUAGUCGGUGGCGGCACGGCAGGUCUCAGGCUAGCCGAGAAGCUUACUCGGGAGACGCAGUUUAACGUUAUCGUCUUGGAUGCGGGGGACAUUAGUCUAGAGGAUCCUAACAUCUUACUUCCCGGUCAAUAUGGCUCUCAUUUCGGCCAGGAUCAGUACGAUUGGAAUUUCCAAACGACCUCGCAAAAAUGGAGUAACAACACCAAGUUUGCAUGGAACAGGGGAAAGGUUCUCGGAGGAAGCUCCGGUAUCAACUUCAUGUGUUGGACCAAGCCGCCCAAGGAGGAAGUCGACGACUUGGAGCGGCUCGGUAACCCCGGGUGGAACUGGAACAACUUCCAAGCCGCUGUCAAAGAUAUUGAAGGCUAUACGCAACCUACAUCUAAGUCCACGGCCGCUCAUGGGCUGAACUUUCAAGACUGGGAUAUUGGAACCGAUGGCCCUAUUAAGUUGUUCCACCCGGCAACAAUCUCGCAACCCGAGAUCAAAGCUUAUGAGACGAUGGUCAAGCUGGGCAUCCCAAAAGCUCCUGCACCGAUGUCUGGGAAUCCCCGAGGCGCUUACUUCGCGCCCAAGACCAUCGACCACAACGGGUAUACCCGCAGCUACUCAAUGACGGCUUUCUACUUUCCUCACGUCAAUAGGUCGAACCUUAAAGUCCUCACUCGCGCUUACGUCACUAAGCUGAUGACGUCGGGGCAGGGUACGCUCACCGCAACCGGCGUUGAGUUCACUCACGACGGCAAAACAUAUGUCGUUAAUGCGUCGAAGGAGGUCGUCCUUUGCGCAGGGGCCCUCAAGUCGCCGCAGAUACUCGAGCUGUCGGGUAUUGGUCGGCGUGACGUCCUUGAGUCCAUCGGAGUACCCCUGAAGCUCGAGCUCCCUGGUGUUGGCGAAAACGUACAGGAACAUAUGUUCACGGGCCUAUCAUUUGAGCUCAAGGACGAUGUCAAGGAUAUCACUCUGGACGUGUUGCGGGACCCCGAAGCAAGGAAAGAACAAGUCGAGCUCCACAAAAAAGCAGAAGGAGCGUUCACGCUGGCAAUCACAGGCUUCGCGUUCACCCCUAUGCACGCCAUAUCCGACCGCAUCAAGGACGUAUACGCCCUUGCCAAGAAGAAGAUCCUGGACGAAUGGGAUACGUACUCGCCGGGUCUGCAGGAGCAGUACAAGAUCCAGCUACAGAGGCUCGAGGAUCCCAACAGCUCUCCUGGCGAAUUUGUCCUUGUCCCAGGAUUCCUGAGCCACCCGAACCCUCCCAAGCCCGGAAAGAAGUACUUCACAAUUCUGCUGUGUCUCAAUCAUAACUUCUCUCGGGGAACUAUCCACUCGGUAUCGUCUGACCCCAAUGGGAACCCGGAAUGCGAUCCUCAUUACUUUGAGCAUGACGUCGACCUGCAGACGUUCGUCGAACUCGCCAAGUUCGUGCGAAAGAUGGCUAAGACCUCGCCACUCCGCGAUAUCCUCGUUGACGAGCCUGAAGUCAACCCAGGUCCAGACUGUGACGAUUCGCAGCUCGCAGACUGGCUUAAGACGACGAGUGCUACUACAUAUCACACGGUGGGGAGUUUGUCGAUGUUGCCUAAUGAUAAGGGUGGUGUAGUCGACCCCAACCUUAAGGUAUACGGCACUACAAAUGUCCGAGUCGCUGACCUCUCGAUCAUUCCGCUCCAUUUCGCGUCACACACUCUUACAACUGCAUACGCGAUCGGUGCUCAAGCCGCUGACAUCAUCGCUCGCGCUCAUAAAUCAUAAAUAGAGCUACCUCUGGUUCUAAACGGGGUUGGAGUCUGCUUUCAGCUAAGAUACCCACAGAUCCUAGCACGGCAAAUGUAACAUUUUUGUCUAUCUGAUCCUUCCUGUAAGCUGUCACACCUCGAAGCAGGACCCUUGUUUGGUAGUACUUAUGUGCUUUCAAAGUAUGUGUCACGUAGUCUCAAAUAACAAGGAUACAAAUACAAUUCCACCACGGUGAUGGUAAUGUACUCGGUGAAAUGCC